UAUGGGAUGUAUAAAAUCAAAAAGGAAAGAGAAUCUGCAUGGAGAUGGGCUAGAUUUGAAGAAUCAACCAGUACGUAAAACUGAACGAACUAUUUAUGUGAGGGAUCCAACGUCCAAUAAACAGCAAAGGCCAGCAAAUCCAGAAGCACAGCUCUUACCAGGACAGAGGUUUGUCAGUGAAGAAACAGAGGAGCAUGGAGUCAUUGUAGUAGCUCUGUAUCCCUAUGAUGGCAUUCAUGAGGAUGACUUGUCCUUCAAAAAAGGAGAAAAAUUGAAAGUUAUUGAGGAACUGGGAGAAUGGUGGAGAGCAAAGUCUCUCACGACAAGGAAGGAAGGGUUCAUUCCCAGCAACUACGUAGCAAAAGUAAACACCUUGGAAACAGAAGAAUGGUUCUUCAAAGAUAUAACCCGAAAAGAUGCUGAAAGACAACUCCUGGCUCCUGGAAAUAGUCCUGGAGCUUUCCUUAUCAGAGAAAGUGAAACAUUAAAAGGCAGCUAUUCUCUCUCCAUAAGAGACUAUGAUCCACAGCAUGGUGAUGUUAUUAAGCACUACAAAAUUAGGAGUCUAGACAAUGGAGGAUUUUACAUCUCUCCAAGAAUAACUUUUCCCAACAUCAAUGAUAUGAUCAAACAUUAUCAAAAGCAAUCGGAUGGUUUAUGCAGAAGGUUGGAAAAAGCUUGUAUUAGUCCCAAGCCUCAAAAACCAUGGGAUAAAGAUGCGUGGGAAAUUCCACGGGAAUCAAUUAAAUUAGUGAAGAAACUUGGAGCUGGUCAGUUUGGAGAAGUCUGGAUGGCCAGCAAACUGACUGUAUAUUCAUCCAUAUCAUAUGGCAAGGAGUACCGUGACACAGCAGGUGCUGGGUUUACACCUGGAGCCAGGUUCAGUUCAGCCAAGGCAGACGUCAGCGAAGGGCUCAGAGCUGCAG